AUGGAUUUGUUUACUGAAUCUUCAUUACUUGACUUCUUGUUAGAAGAGAAUACCGUCUCGGAAGUUGGUUUAGUCGAGGAAGUUCCACACUGUUUGGUACACUUACCAACGUUUUCCAACGUUGGUCCAAAGACAACGACCGCUAAUACUUGUAAAGUACCGAGUGCUAAAAAGUCGAAAGCAUUAAAAAAGGAACUUCAAUUUGGAGAAUUAUGGGAGGAUGAUAUAGCUCGGAUUUUGGAGUCUUCUCUUUCAAUUGGGGGCAAGAAUAAAACUCCUGCUAAAGUGGUUCCUGAGAAGGCUUCAAAACAGGAAACAAAGUCCAAAAAGAGAGGCAAAUCAAAAGCCAAAGAGAAAUCUGAUAGAAAACUACGAAGCAAUGAACCUCUACCCAAUCUUAGAGCUGGUAUUGCUCAGAGCACAGGUCUCUUGGAAUCUGGUAUAUUUUCAUCUUCCACAAUAUCUGAAUCUCACUAUACUAGAAAUGCAGAUUCCUUAGCCAUUGAUGAAAGCGAGCAUAACUCAACUAGAAGCUCUAAAUUAGCAAGAAAGCAAAAAAGCAACCUCAGAACAAUGCAAUCGUCUACCACAGACGAAGAUGAAAAUAAUGUUAAGAAUGAUCUCAGAUCAACGAUAAACCAAAGAAAAAAACAAAGAAAAGAGAAGAGAGAACAACGUCGUGUGGCUAAAGAGGCUUCGGGUGAAACUAAAGCUGGAAGCGAAGAAACUGAUGAAAAUUUUCCAGAAACUCCUGGUAGUUCCGGGAAACUAUCGCCAAAAGAUUCAAAAAAUCAAGGUAGCAAACGCAUGAAGGAACUGAUUAAGAAAGAACUUCAAAUUAAUAAAAGUAAAGAAAGUUUAAAGGAACUUCAACGAGCUAUUAAUGACCACCCAACUACCGAAGCAAAUACUUCUGAUUUUACCAAAACCCUGUGUAACAAAACUGAAAAAGAGGGUUUUGAAUUACUACGUGGAUCAGAAAAAGUUGUGGUUCCCAAAGCAAACUCAAAAUCUAAAUCUAAAUCGAAGGACAAAUUGAAGAACAAACCAAAGGCUUCGCACCAGGAUAGUGAUUUGGCAGCGCCAGAGAAUGCCAUAGAAUCUGGAAAAUCCUUAGAUUCAAAGGAGCCAGAGAGAAAAGGAAGAUCCACGGGAGGGAAAAAAAGAAAAUCCAAGAGCCAUAGAAAGAACAUAGAGUCCAAAGAUCCUGUGGGGACGCAGGCAUAG